AUGGUGAUGGCUUUCAUUAAAACCCUCUUUGCAUCGCCAGAAAUAAACCCCAGUAACCGCAAAGCCAAGUCAAUCCCGGUCUUCAACCCCUUUGAUCAAUAUGGACGUGUGUUCUUCUUUUCAUGGCUCGGUUUCAUGGUAGCCUUUCUAUCAUGGUAUGCUUUUCCACCACUGUUGACUGUAACUAUCAAACAAGAUUUACACAUGACACAACAAGAGAUCGCCAAUUCCAACAUUGUCGCACUACUGGCAACGUUACUGGUCCGGUUCAUCGCCGGACCCCUUUGCGAUCGGUAUGGUCCAAGGUUGGUCUUUGUGGGACUUCUUCUCUGCGGAGCGAUUCCCACGUCCAUGGCUGGCCUGGUUACUACACCGAAAGGACUGAUUGCACUGCGGUUCUUUGUGGGAAUACUGGGAGGAACAUUUGUUCCAUGCCAGGUGUGGUGCACGGGAUUUUUCGACAAGAAGAUUGUCGGCACUGCCAACUCCCUCGCUGGAGGCUGGGGUAAUGCAGGUGGCGGAAUCACAUACUUCCUCAUGCCUGCCAUCUACGACUCUCUCGUCCAUUCCAGCGGCCUCAGCUCCCACAAGGCGUGGCGGGUCGCGUAUGUCAUUCCCUUCAUCAUCAUCACCGCCGUCGCCCUGAGUAUGCUCUUCCUCUGCGAAGACACACCAACAGGAAAAUGGUCUGAACGACACCUUUGGGCCAAGGAGACCAAAGACAGCGCACCCACCAACGGCAACAUAGUCGACCUGAACACUGGCACUUUCUCAAGUGGCAUGACAACCCCAUACAACGCCGCAACGACCGAUAUCGAAGAGAAGGGCGCCCAAUCCCCUCAAAUUCAGGACAAAGAAACAUCGGUAAUGGGCCAGAUGGACUCGAUCUUCAAACAAGAAGUAGUCGUCGCCCCAACACGAAAGGAAGCCCUGAAUGUCGCUCUCAGUCUGUCAACAAUGGCCGUAGCGAUUCCCUAUGCUUGCUCCUUUGGAGCUGAGUUGUCUAUUAACUCUAUCUUGGGCUCAUAUUAUGAGAAAACCUUCCCGCACAUGGGUCAGACAGAGACAGGUCAGUGGGCUGCCAUGUUCGGACUUUUGAAUGUCGUUUUCAGGCCUGCUGGUGGUUUCUUCGGUGAUCUGGUUUACCGGUUGACAGACAGUGUCUGGUCGAAGAAGCUUCUUCUCACUUUUUUGGGGAUUUCCAUGGGCGCAUUCCAGCUGGCUAUUGGCUUGUCCAACCCGUCUACUCAGGCUUCCAUGUUCGGCUUGGUUGCUGGACUGGCUUUCUUCCUUGAAGCGUGCAACGGAGUCAACUUUGCCGUGGUACCUCACGUGCAUCCAUUUGCCAAUGGCAUUGUAUCCGGUAUUGUGGGCGGCUUCGGUAACCUUGGAGGUAUCGUCUUUUCUAUCAUCUUCCGGUACAACGGGUCAGAUUAUGGAAAGUCCAUGUGGAUCAUCGGUGCGAUAUCUUUGGCAGCCAACCUGGCUGUUUCCUGGAUCCCGCCUGUCCCCAGCCAAAGGCGAUCUUAA